UAUGAGCGGUUUUUACUUUUACGGAUGGAAACGGAGAGCAGCUCUGUGUCCUUCAUCGCACGUCACUCAGCAUCCUCCCGCUAAACGAAUCGGGGCUGAGCUCCGGAAUUUCCUCUAGGCUUCAAAACCGUCGACUUUGGGAGAAAAAGGACCUUCCUAUGGUGGUCAGCCAACAACAGGUCAUGGGCAAUGGUUCAAUGAAAACCCCACGGCCAGAGGGGAGCUACCUGUCCUCAGGCCUGAAGGCCCCCCGCCUGUGGGAGACUGUGGAGCCUCUGAGGGCCCGUAUUGUCCAUCUGGAGGAGGAACUUAGCAACCGGGAACGGGAGCUGCGGGCACGGGACGAGCAGCUGUGGGCUCUGCAGGCGGAGCUGGAGGCGCGGCUGGCCCAGGUGCACAAGCUGCAGGAUGCUUUGGGCAAUCAGGCACUGGGCAGCUCGCCGUCCACACAGCCCCACUCCAGCCACCGCUUGCUCAGCGUCAUCAACCAGGGCCCUGCGCGCUUUCACCACGUCGCUGUGGAGGUGCACCGCCGCCUGCGGGCCAAGGAGGGCGUGUCAGCAGAGCCCACAUCGGGCCACUACUGCGCUGAGGCCCAGGGGCAGCCCUGCUCCCUGGAGAGGGUCCGCAAGAACUCCAGCACCAAGAAGCUGAUCAACAGCGCCCUGAUGAACAAUGACUUCCUGAAGAGGUUAGAGCCACAACACAUGCGUGAGGUGGUGGAGUGCAUGUAUGAGCAAACCUACACCCAGGGCCAGCUGGUCAUCAAGGAGGGCGAGCCUGGAAACUACCUCUACGUACUGGCAGAAGGACUGUUGGAGGUGAACCAGAAUGAGAAGCUGCUGGGCCAGAUGGGACCUGGGACAGCAUUUGGGGAGCUGGCCAUCCUGUACAACUGCAAGAGGACGGCCACCGUGAAAGCCGUUUCUCAGGCCCGAAUAUGGGCUCUGGAUCGACAGAUGUUUCAGAACAUCAUGAUGGCAACAACCCAGGCCCGGAAUGAAAAAUACUUCAGCUUCUUACGCAGUGUGUCUUUAUUGAAGGAACUGCCGGAGGAAAAGCUUGCUAAAAUUGUUGACUGCUUUGAAGUGGACUACUUCAAUAAAGGAGAUUACAUCAUCCGCGAAGGAGAAGAGGGUGACACCUUCUUCAUCAUAGCUAAAGGAGAGGUGUCAGUGACACAGACAGUGGAGGGAUGUUUUGAACCCCAGGAGAUAAAGACUCUGGGUGUGGGAGACUACUUUGGAGAGAAGGCUCUUGUGAGUGAGGACGUGCGCUCUGCCAACAUCAUCUCCAAGGAGAACGGCACACAAUGCCUGGUAGUGGACCGAGCCAACUUUAACCAGGUGGUUGGGACCUAUGAGGAGCUCCAGGCCUCCCUGCAGGCAUACGUGGAGGAGCUGUCACUCAGUGACAAGAAGAGGAGGAGCAUUCCUGGGCUGCCUUCAGCAGACACCCCAGAGAACACGGAGCUGCAAAGGCUGAGAGAGAAGGUGGCCUGUCUGUCUGCGACCCACCCAUUCCAGCACCUGGAGGUGGUGGCCACCCUGGGCGUGGGGGGCUUUGGACGGGUAGAGCUGGUGAAGCUGAAGGAGGAGGACACCACAUUUGCCUUGAAGUGCAUCAAGAAGAAGCACAUUGUGGACACCAGGCAGCAGGAACACAUCUACUCAGAGAAGAGUAUUCUCCAGCAGGCGGACUCGCCGUUCAUAGUCAGGCUGUUUCGGACAUUUCGGGAUACCAAAUAUGUGUACAUGUUGCUGGAGGUCUGCCUUGGGGGGGAGUUGUGGAGUAUCUUAAGAGACGUGGGUUUCUUUGAGGAGUCCACAGCCCGCUUCUGCAUUGGCUGUGUUCUGGAGGCAUUUGACUACCUCCAUGGACAAGGGAUUGUCUACCGGGACCUUAAGCCGGAGAACCUGCUGUUGGACCAUGAGGGCUAUGUGAAAAUGACUGACUUUGGCUUUGCCAAGAAGAUUGGACCAGGCAAGAAAACUUGGACCUUUUGCGGAACACCAGAAUAUGUAGCUCCAGAGGUGAUCCUGAACAAGGGGCAUGACUUUGGGGCAGACUGCUGGUCCUUAGGCAUCCUGAUCUUUGAGCUGCUCACCGGCAGUCCUCCAUUCACAGGCUCUGACCCCAUUAAGAUCUAUACCAUGGUGCUCCAUGGCAUCGAGAAAGUGGACUUUCCCAAACGGAUCAGCAAGCGACCCAGUGACCUCAUUCGGAGCCUCUGCAGGCUGCACCCUGCAGAGCGCCUGGGCAACAAGAAGAACGGCAUCCUGGACAUCAAAAAGCAGAAGUGGUUCCAAGGUUUUAACUGGGAGGGGCUGAGGACACACAGACUGCCAUCACCACUGGAGAGAGAGCUGAGUGGGCCUCUGGACCACAGCCGCUUCGACAUCUUCCCCCCAGACCUGGAGGAGCCGGCUGAGGAGUUGUCGGGCUGGGAUAAGGAGUUCUGAGGAGCUGUGACUCUCCUGUGGUGUCAUGUUACUCAGCUAGACCACAUUCUUACUGCCCUGGCAUUUCCCAUCAUCCUCUGCAGCUUGGCACUGCGGGCCUUCAUGUCCCAUUUGGGAAUCCUGUGAUCCAAAGGGCUUCAUCUCAACAGAAGCUGCCAUCCAAAAGCCUCGGCCAUCAUUCCAGAUGCUCACUUGACAUGUAACACACAUGGCUGCCUUCGCAACAGCACAGCAACAAGCCUGGCGGGGGGCAGAACAUGAAACUGCACUUUGUAAGCAGUAUGGCUCUUCCGAUUUUUGAGCUGUAUUUUGUGAAAACAGACACUUGUUAUUCUGGCAAUGCACUGUAAAAGCAUGAGAUGAGCUCCCACAAGGAUUGAUUUGGCAUGAUAAAGAAUGAUUGGUCUUCAGUUGGUGGGCCCAAGGCCACCAUCCCUUCUAAGAACAUGCUAGAAAGUCAGCAAUACCUUCUUUCAGAUGCCAACCCUUGCAUACACAUGCAUGGGCUUUCUCACUUUGACAGACUUUAUUAAUCAUGUCGACCAGUAUCUAGUGUUUGGUAUGGGAACAUAUAAUAAUUAAUAAGUAUUAGUACUUACUUAUUGACCCUGUGACCCCUCCUUAAAUGAGUAACCUAUUUAGUAAUGAGUAAAUCUCCUCCCAUCCCCCAUAGUCAUACAUGGCUUUUCAGUUUUUGCAGAAUGUCCUCAUUUUGGUGUAGCACUUUUGAAACUGGAUUUGAAGCUGUUGUAGGAAAUUAGCAGCAUGUGCGUGAUAUUCAUUCUUCUGCAUUUAAACCUGAGGCUAAGGAGAGUCUUUAAAGGAAGUAAAUAUAGGGGGCCUUUGAUGGACAGAUUUAAUUAGUAGCAGGAGGAGGUUACUAGUAGGAGGUUAUUAGUAGCUGUAUGGAGUGCAUUCGCUAUGACAAGCUCUAUGACUUCUCUUCAGUUCCUGCUUCUUUUGUACACGGUACAAUUACACACAGUUAAUGGAUGGUUGCGAUUUUGGACAAAAGCACAAAAAACCUUGUGCAGCAGAGUGAUUUUAUAUAGUACAUAUUGUGAUUUUUUUUUUUGCACAUUCUUCCAUUUGUAAUAGGUUACAUAUGUUUCAGUGGUUUGUUCGCCCAGGUUAUUCUAAAAUACAUUUACAAUUUAUCAUUCUUUUUGCCAUAAUUAAAUUACAAAUCCCAGUU